AUGAUUGGUGGUUUGCAUGAAUGGACUACACGGUCAAGCUCAAAUCAGAUAUCCCACUUUGCUCAUUCUGUUUUUGUUGCUAAUUUUGAGCCCAAAGAUGUUGCACAUGCGCUAUCUGAUUCAAAUUGGGUUAAUGCUAUGCAUGAGGAGCUAGAGAACAUUGAGCAAAACCAAGUGGAUAAAACUCUGUUUCUCCUCAAGCAUGGCAAUAACUUUCUCUUGGUUGAGAUAUAUGUGGAUGAUAUCAUUUUUGUUGGUUCAUCUCAUGCUUUAGUUGCCAAGUUUGCAGAGACUAUGAGCAAAGAAUUUAAAAUGUCCAUGAUGGGUGAGCUGAAUUUCUUCCUUGGACUUCAAAUCAAGCAAACCAAGGAAGGUACCUUCAUCCACCAGAGCAAGUACACCAAACAUGUGUUGCGGAAGUUUGACAUGACGGAUGCCAAGCCCAUGUCAACUCUCAUGCCCGUGUCGGCAGCUCUGGAUGUGAAUGAAAAUGGUGAAGCAGUGGAUCAAAAGGAGUACCGGAGCAUGAUUGCUUUUGUACUUAACUUCUACGAGGCCAGACAUACAAUUAUCCUUGUGUCUGUGCGCUCAUUUUCAAGCGUCUCUGAGAACCUCACAUCGCCAAGCCGUCAAGCGGAUUAUGAGGUGUAUGGAUGCGACAUGGCGGUCGACGGCAAGGCGAUGAAGGGCAAGUGGAGGCUUGAUGUCGACGGAUCGUGCUAG